GGCGAGAAAGCCGGUGAAUCAGAUCAAUAAAACAUUAUUUCCUGAUUGUUUUACUGCAGUUACGUUCUACAGCACAUGGCCACACCUCCGCUCGUCACUGCGUCUGAACGCCCAAACGCCGUUUGGUCUAAUAGGCGGCAGAGGGAAAUGCACUCAAGUGAAAAGCGACCAGGAAAAAAGACGUCGAACAAAUAGACCACACGACCUUCAAGACCUGACAUAACCAUAUUGAGACGCUCAUGUCCAGCACAUCCAUUGCCCUCUUCGAUGCUUGCCUGAAGUGUGUGUCACUGAUGUUUCAUCUGAAUGAUGGCCAUUUCUUCAGGGACUUUGCGGCUUUGCUUUUCCAUCACACUGUUAUCUUCCUUCCUCUAAUACAGUCUUCUACAGGUGAGCUUCAGGUGAAUGGUCCAUCACAGCCAAUAGUGGCAACAGUUGGUGAUGACAUACUUUUGCCAUGCCACCUGAAACCUGCUGUGGAUGCUUCAGACAUGGCAGUGGCGUGGUUGAGACCUGACCUAGACCCCAGAUUUGUCCAUGUGUGGAGGGAGGGUGUGGAACUUGUUUUUACAAAACAUCUGUCCUAUGAUGGAAGAACAUCACUGUUUGUCAACAAACUGAAGCAGGGAGACAUUUCACUGAAACUCUCCAAUGUGAAGCCCUCUGAUAACGGCACGUAUGAAUGCCACCUCCAAGGACUGAAUAUUAAAUCUUUCAUUCAGCUUGUUGUUGGUGCUGUCUCUUCACCUGUUGUCACCAAAGCUGAAAUGAACAGAUCCAUCAGUGUGGUGUUACAGUGUGAAUCUAAAGGCUGGUAUCCAGAGCCUGAAGUGUUUUGGUUGGACGGUGAGGGAAACCUCCUCUCUGCUGGACCUACAGAGACAGUCAGAGGUCCUGAUGACCUCUAUAAUGUCAGCAGCAGAGUGACUGUAGAGAAGAGUGACAGCUUCACCUGUAGAGUCCAACAGAACAACAUCAACCAGACCAGAGAGGCACACAUUAUUGUUCCAGAUGAUUUCUUCAUGGUUCCAUCUAAACCAAUCAUUGCCAUCACCAUUUCCAUUGUGGUCAUCAUCAUCAUCGUUACUGCAGUUUUUGCUUGGAAAUUGAGACCAGAUAAACAGACAGCUAAUGGAAGCACAGAUAUAAAUAUGCUUACGAGAGAAAACCUACUGGCUCAGUGUCAGACUGUGAAAGAAGGUCCUGAAACAGAAGAGAAGAACCAGAUUGCUAUUCCACUGUUGACCGAGGAUGAGGAGCAAGCGAGCGGGAACAAUGAGACUGGUCUGGAUGAGAACGAGUGGAAUGAGAAUCUACAGUUGACGCAGAGGGCGGAGCUAGAGAGCAGGAACAAUGAGACUGAGGAGGAUGAACUUCAUGGAUAUGAACAACAUGGACACGUACUGCUCCCGGAUGACAAUGAGGGGUGUGAGAUUCAACCACCAGCCCAGGAGGAGGUGCAGGAGAGCAUGAACAAUAAGACUGAAGAGGACGGACUACACGAACACAUACUGCUCCCGGUUGAGAACGAGAGUUGUGAGAUUCAACUGCCGACCCAAGAGGAGGAUCAGGUGGACAGGAACAAUGAGAACAAGGUCAUUGCAGAAAUCAUGAGGAAGCUUGACGAAGAAAGGCGUAAGACGAAGGAACUUGAGGAUAAGACAAAGGCACUUGAGGACGAGAAAAAAAAGUUGAAAGAGGAUCUACAAAAUGUUCAAUUGGAGCUUCAGGAUGAGAGGGAGAGGGGGGACCAGCUGGAGAAAAAUUUAAAAAAUAUCGUCCUUCAGCAGGUGGAAAGAAAGGACGAUCUAUUGAACCAUGAGGAUUCAGAGCAUGAGAAUGAAGAGCAAGACUCUUCAGAGGAGGAUGAGGAUGGAAAGAAUGAGGAUUCAGAACAAGACAAUUCAGAGUCUGAUAUCCCAUAUCUUGAGAAUUCAGGGUUUUAGAAUUCAGAAUGGAGGCAAAGACCCCCCUCUGAAAACAUUCUAAAACUUGAUUUAAAAUAUUUUCACUUAUGUUUUCUAUUUUUCAGGUUUUUAUAGCAUAUAGUAUUUUAUAUAGCAAUUAUAUGUGGUGGUGUUGUUUAGCUACUUGGAUUGAGUGGCCAACUCUGAUUAUCAAGCACAGCACAGGGCACUCUGAUUGUUAUAAAAGACAGAGAUUGGUCUGACUUCCCCUUUAUUCUUUCCCACCUUUGCCCUGUGCACACCACUGAUGUCAAUUUUUACUCUUAAAGGUCAUCGGUUUUGCAAAGUGAGGCAUAUUUUCAUACCUUUUGGACUUUAGCACAUUAGUAAAGUAUGUACACUUGGACUUUUUAAUGUGCCACUAUUAUGAAGAAGGAAGAACACAAUUUGAACUAAUUUUGCUUUUCUGAGUUACAACAAACCCACUGAUUGAAAUUAUGAUGUGAAGUACAAAUAAAUGGGAAGUGCCAAAAUAUGUUAAUGAUGCAGGGUUUGGUCUCUUUGAACUACUUCUUCUUUGGUUUUGAUUAAAAAACAUUAUUUUUACAUUUUGCACAAUACUUACCAAUCCUCUGUGGUUGUAAAAAGAAGACCUUAUUCUUUGACUCUGAGGAAGUGACACUUAAGUCUCAUGUUUACCAUUGUUUUUUUUUUAGAGAGCUGAAACACAAUUAAACUGCUGGAAAUGUC